AUGGUCUUCUAUCCUCCCAGGAGCAUUCCUCCGCUCCCUCUCGUGCCUGACACUAUCCCGGUUUGUGAUUUUAUGCUAGAUGAAGCCCACGGAAGAUGUCCGCUGUCCUCUUCCCUCCAUCCCUUUACGUGUGGUCUCACGGGGAAGACAUAUUCGUGGCUGGAGGUGAAAGAUCGCGUUGAUCAUCUAUCACGCGCCCUCGCCCGGGAGUUUGGCUGGCACCCUAACCAAGGAAGCGAAUGGGACAAGGUCGCCGCAUCCUUUCUUCUCAAUACGAUUGAUACUCUUCCUUUAUUCUGGGCUAUACAUCGAUUGGCUGGCGUAGCAACUCCUGCCAAUGCCGCCUAUUCUGCUGCUGAGCUAACCCAUCAAUUGACUGAUUCCAAGGCCAAAGUGCUCUUCACAUGUAUUCCGCUGUUGAGAACUGCUCUGGAAGCGGCAAACAAAGCUGGAAUCCCACAAAGCAGCAUCUACCUUGUCGAUCUUCCAGCAGAGGUGCUGGGAGGGCCACAGCCCCUGGCGGGGUUUAAGACGCUAGACCAGCUCAUCCAGCAAGGAAAAUCAUUGCCUCCAUUGGAGAAGUUAAAUUGGAGCCCUGGUCAGGGAGCACGAACAACGGCAUUUCUAUGUUAUUCCAGCGGGACGUCAGGGUUACCGAAAGGAGUCAUGAUCUCCCAUCGCAAUGUCAUUGCAAACUCAAUGCAGAUUUGUACCUUUGAGAAUGGCUUUCGCGAAAAGCUCAAACCAAAAGGUCAAUCCACACAAUACUUCGAUGUGACUCUAGGCUUGCUCCCGCAGAGCCAUAUUUAUGCUCUGGUUUACAUAUCCCACGUCGGAACCUAUCGUGGCGAUCAGAUUAUUGUCCUACCGAAAUUCGAAAUCAAAUCCUAUCUCAAUUCCAUCCAGCGAUUCCGUAUUUCGUCACUCGUUAUUGUACCUCCUAUUAUUAUCACAAUGUUACGUAACAAAGACUUGUUGGCAAAGCACGACCUGUCAAGUGUCGAAGCUGUCUUCACAGGCGCUGCACCUUUAGGUGCCGAAACUGCUCAGGAAUUACAGGGUCUCUUCCCCAGUUGGGCAAUAAGACAAGGCUAUGGGUUGACGGAAACAUCCACUGUGGUAAGCGCCUCGUUGCCAUCGGAUAUCUGGUUUGGCUCAAGUGGCAGUCUUCUGCCGGGUUUUGAGGCAAGACUUAUUUCUCCCGAGGGGAAAGAAAUUCUAGAAUACGACACACCAGGCGAGCUUGUUGUCCGAGGACCAAGUGUGGUUCUUGGAUAUCUGAAUAAUGAAAAGUCUACGAAAGAAACUUUUCAAGGAGGGUGGAUGCACACGGGAGACGAGGCUGUGGUACGACUUGGGCCUCGAAAGACGGAACAUAUUUGGAUUGUAGACCGAAUUAAGGAACUCAUCAAGGUCAAGGGUAUGCAAGUUGCUCCGGCCGAAUUAGAAGCGCAUUUACUCGAGCACUCCAUGGUAGCAGAUUGCGCUGUAGUUGGAAUUCUAGAUGAGGCUGCGGGCGAGAUCCCCAAAGCCUUUGUCGUGAAAUCUCCAUCAGCAGCCGGUGACGAUACCACAAUCGCCGAAGCAAUUAAGAAGCAUGUCGAGGAUCACAAAGCCCGACACAAAUGGCUAAAGGGCGGCGUCGAGUUUAUAGAUGUUGUCCCCAAGAGUCCCAGUGGCAAGAUCCUGCGGCGACUUCUCCGGGACAAGGAGAAAGAAGCAAGAAGAAAGGCGGGGAGCAAGCUAUAA